AACCACAAAAGGCCAAAGGAUGUUGAGCCUCUAGACGAUACCCCCUACAGCCAAGCUAUCAGCAUACCUUGCACUACGGGUCUGUUGAACCCUGAUACUUCUUUACCACCUGCCCGCAUUGCUAACCCAUCAAAUAUCACUCACCACUAAUCAACCAAUCAUGAAUUCCAACGUGAGCAGACCUGUUGACCCUGAACAAAGGGACAGAGAUGUCGAGAACAAACUUCGGCUUUACGGAAUCUACAGUGGUAUGUUGUCUUUUGGUUCGCACAAGUAGCCCCGGUUUUCAAAUGUGCCAACUUUGCAACAGGUUUCCAGAAUGGCAGACUACCGUCAAAUGAACAAAUCGACGUCGCACUUUCCUCCCUUGCAAACCACAGGAAGCUGAGGUCCCCCAAUGAGAACCUCUCGGAAGAAGGCAAGGCCAUUCUCGAGGACUUCCGAACAGUUGUUGAUGAGGCCAAGCGUCUUAUCUUGGUCAAGAAUCACGAUCAGGUUUUCCAGGAGUUCAUUUGGAAUACCACUCAGCUUGGUGCUAAGGGGGGGCCGCAAGCAUCUAUACCCUGUGCCCCGGCGUCUAAAGAAACGGCCAACAGGGACGCUGAGCAGGCACAAACCGGUUUCAGAACGCUGGGUCAAUUAAUUAUCACCAACGGGUAAGCUAACGAGUGAUAUAUCAUGAUGGAGUGCUACUAAUAGCUUUGUCGUCCAGAGAGUUCCGCAAGCUUCUCAACGAUGCUGUUAUCCUCCUCCGCGACAUUGCCAGCGAUGCCGCUACCAAAUCUGCUUCUCACAUUAGUCCCACUGAGGAGCAGUUGAGGCAGAUUGAUAGCCCAGCACCUGAUCACCAAUGGCACGAUGCCCCAAAUCUCUCACGUGAAAACCUGAAGAGCCAAGUCCGCGACCAGUUCACCCGGAACAAGCCAGUGUCUCGCAGUGAAGUUCGGGAGGCUACUGGAAACGCCACCCAGGCCGCCGACCCACAUGGCUCCCGGGACCCUCGUGACGCGGCUGCGCGAACCAGAAGCGGCCAACGAAACGGUACCGCCCGCAGUGUGGAUACCAGCAGCGGAAUUCGUGCUGGUGCAGAGGGGCUGCGCCAGAGGGCUGAGGAGAAUGUCCCGGAGGAGCAGGGGCAAAGGCUGUGUGAGUACAGGGAACGCGCGAGCAACUACAUGGAGAAUAAGGUGCCUCAGGAGCGUCGCGAGCAUGUCAUUUUCAGGCUGAAGAAGAUGGUUGUCGAGAUCCAAUGCCAUCAAGACUACCAGCAGGCUAUCGACGCAUUGCUCAAACUCGCCGAGAUCUACACCGGCCACACCAAGGGUAUCGCAAAAGAGAGCACCGGAGCUGUCAAGAGUGCCCACCAGGACAGCCACCUCCAAAGCGCUGAGAAGAGUUUGAAGGUUUGUGGUAUACACCAACAUUUCCACUUGGCCCCCCAGUUAACCGAAUACAGGUUAUCCUUGAGCGUUUCGCGAACUGCACCAGCACGGGGGACCUGAUCGAUUCCAUAAACGAUAUUUACCGUGAUGCUGACAAUGACCCGGAGCUCAAGGAUUGGUUCCGUGCCGUCAACAACUACAUCCGCACCUGCCUCAAGGAAGAGGGCUAUAUCAUGGGUCACGAGUCUAAUGAGCAAUACGACCGCCUGUACGAUCACGGUAAUUUCUUGCUUCGCAACCGCUACCGCAAUCAUACCGAUCGUGUUGCAAACGAAUUCAGAUUCUUGGGCGAGCAAUUCGCAGCUGACCCAGACAAUCAGCGCUUCCGUCAGGCCAUACAGAAGCUGUUCAAUGACCUUGGAAACGACGAAAACGGCAAGCCCGUAUUCAAGAAACACCUUGUCAAGGACGUCACUCAAAUCAUCAUUCCUGAGCUCUUUGAGAGCGUUCGCUAUAUCCCAUUCCCCAGAAUUGAGUAUUCCGAUCCGGUGAUUGACGCCGUUGUGGAAAACCUCAUCAUUGAAUCCGACAACUUGAUGCCUAAUGUCCUCGAGAUUGGCAGCGACAAUUACUUCAGAUUCGGCCGCAAGAGUGUCUCCAGCAAGCACAGCCAUGCCGCCAUGAUCUCCGCUUCCCAAAUCCAGUGUGACAUUAGAGGUAAGUUGUAUCGUGCACGAGCAAUGCGGAAUGAACCCGUGCUCAUAUAAAUCCAACACAGAUGUCAGCUACUAUAUCAAGAAGAAGCAGGGAUUCCCUUCCAUCACCGAUACCGGGGUCGCCGACAUCUUCCUUGGAGGCGACGGGUUUAAUUUCAAGCUCCAGCUGGCAACGCCCGGCAAGCUCGACCGUGCUCGAUUCUUCAAGGUUGAAAGGGUGGAUGUCAACGUCAACACCCUCAAGAUCAAAUUGAAGAAAUCGAACCACAAAGUCCUCUUCGCUCUCUUCAAGCCUAUCUUGAUGGGCGUCGUGAAGCCUGCUGUCACAAGGAUCCUCGAGAAGCAAAUUCAGGACGCCUUCGGUCGUCUUGACCAAUUGGCAUAUGCCAUCCACCAAGAGGAGCAGAAGAUUGAGCGUGACAUCAAGAAAAACCCUGAUCCAGAGCACCUUCAGAACAUUUAUAGCCGCUACUACCAGGCUGCCCAGAGGGAAUUAGCCAACCGUAAGAAGAAGGCCGAGGCCAAGGUUGCCGACAAGCACGCCAACGUGGCCGUCACCCAGGACGACUCCAUGUUCAAAAACAUUUCUCUCCCCGGUGGCAUCUCGGCCAAGGCCGCUGAGUACAAGGAUCUGUCCAAACGCGGGGAUGGGUGGGGUAGCGAUGUUUUUACCAUCGGCUCAGCUAGCCCGACGUCAAACCUCCCGGAACCUCAGCAGAUCACCCGCAACUCGCCCUAUGCCCAUCGCCGCGCUCCUCCGGGCCGUGAUGCUACUGCCGCUGGUGGCGCUUCCCGGGACAGUGGAUACCAUGCCAACGAUCACCAUGGCAUUGGUACCGAUACGGGUAACACUGGACUCGGCGAUAAGUUGGCUGAUGGCCAGUACGAUAGCGUUGGCAACCGCAGGACGGGCGAGUACACUCUUAAUAGGCCCCCCGACGAGAAUUAUGCUACCAGCCACUCGCGGCCCGCCCCGGUCGUUUAAACUGUCCCGCCCCUCACUUUUCCCCACUCCACGGUGAUGAAUGAAUGCCAGAAGGAUGGCGUUACCAUGAAGAAUCGUAGGGAGGAGUCUAUCUGCGCUCGAUUUGAGUUUGUCCGUAAUACCUUUGUGCUUAAUUCUAAUUUUAUUUUAACUUUUUUCCUCUCUCUUUCACUCCCCCGGUUAUUUCUCCCUUACCUACUACUUUUGAUAUCUUGGAGCUAGCGGCCAGCCUUUUUAUGGUAUAUGUCCGAUCCCACUAUUUUCCCCUUCGAUUGUACCGCACAAAAAUCACUACUUUCCCAUAGUGACUAUAACGCAAAUAUCCUAAGCGUAUCUCGAUGCCUCUUUUCUACCCUAUUGCGAAGCAUGUUGGGAUUGGUCAAGUCAAGUCCGAACUAGAUGCAGGCGCGAUCCCCUCCGCCCGCAUAUCUCUCGCAGGGCGCCUCCCUAUGGUGCGAGAUGACGAAAUCCCGCAGAAAGGCGGCGCGGAUGGGUGUUCAAACCAAGAUACUUCCAUGCUAUCGUAGCGUCGAUGGAUGGAUGGGAGUGGAGAGUGAGGGAGCUAUUUUCCCCGCGAAGCUCCGAAUAAUAAUUAAGGACAACAGCACGAGUACUCGAGUAGAAUAGAUACUACACUCGAGCAAUCUCUAUCUGAACCUCCCCCCUCAUGUACCUCGUAAAGUACAGUACAGUACCAAAAUCUACUCGAGUACUGUACGAGUACUCGUGUCUUGACUAUCCGCCUGCCCGCCUGACGUUAUCGUGCGUGCCCAAGUGGGAAGGCACGAUGGCAGGCCGUUCCACCGUUGGAUGGUUUACUCGAGUAGUCUGCGAGUUAUUGGGGCGGCGCGGGGGAUUUUGACGUGGGCGGGUUGUGCAGGCGGGUUGUGCAGGUUUGGGCAGGAUAAGUUAGCUAUGAUAGCUACGAGUGGUUGAGAUGGUUGGCUUCGCGCGGAACUGUGGUAUGAUAUCAUACUCGCACCGUACCGUACUAGCGGGUACCAGUAACCCGAGUUACCGUACUGGACUCGUACCAGUACUUGUAUCAUAAUCUACUCACAGGGUACUACUUGUAGUAGUACAAGUAUAGCUACCGGAUUUAUAUAAUAGACUGUAGUCUAUGGCACGACAACUCGACGGGUCCGGGUCUCAGGAUCAUAGGAUGCCGCUUGCCUUUGGUAGGAGGUGGGGGGCGAGAAGGUUACUAUUGCCGGUGGCGUCACUUUGCUGGAUAAUACAUACUCGAGUAAUAUACGACACUCAAAUAUGGUACUCCUGAUGUACCGGUACAGUAGUAAUCGGUUCUAGUUCUGCACUCUUUUUUCUUUUUUUCCUUUUUUUUUUUCACCUACGAGUAAGUUACUCGAGCAUUUCCUCGAGGCCUUAAAUUAAUAUCACAUGGACGAGUUCCCGGUCUACGUAAAUUUACUCGAGUACUGUACUAGUACAUACGAACAGUCAAAUCACGGCACGGUAGACUAUGGCUCAUAUCAUAUCAUUUGGUACCGGGCCUUCCGUGACGGCAGCCUCCCUCCACCGACUUCUUGUUGGGGCAUCUAGCCUUAAAAAUUCCUUUCCUCC